GAGGGCAGAAAGAGCUGCGUCUCCGGCGCCCUCCUGCUGUUGGUUGGAUGGGGCGGAUUCGGGGCCCUCAAGGACCGGAAGCCGUGACUCCCUGACACCCCGAAGGGUUCAGUCUCUUUCGAUUGGGUGCAUGAGGCAGAAAUGACUAACCACAAGUUACGGCCAAUGUUGGGACUCAGAGCCCACAUCCGGAGCUGCGUGGCCGAGCAGAGGCUGGCGCCCGGGCAUUCCCUCCCUUCGACCCGGGUCACCACGGAGAACCUUUUCAUCUACGUGUGGAGGAUCCGGGGCGCUUAGCUUCUCCCAGACACCCCGGAGGUGUUUCUGCGGCACUGCGGAGAGAUGCAAAGACUUUGCCUCCGGGCCUGCUCGCUCGGCGUCACUGUUACCUUGGCAACCAGCCUGCCACCUGACACCUGGCCCUUUAAGGGAAGCCUAAGCAGCCCGGCGGUCUUGGUUUCGCGCGCCCGCCCGCGGCGCCGGUAGCGAGAACAUGGCCCAGGCUGCACGCGUGCUGCGGCCCAGCGGGCGCGCUCUGGCCUGGCGGCUGGGCGGCCUCCCGGCGCCCCGGCUCCCGGCGCAGAGCCGGGCUGGCUUCGCAGGGGCGGCGGGCGGCCCGGGCCCCGCCGCCAUCGCCCGCAAGGGCAGCCGGCGGCUCCUGGGGCGGGCGGCGCUGGCCCUGGGCGGCGCGGUGGGGCUGUACUGCACGGCGCGGUGGCACCUGCGCGCCCAGGACCUGCGCGCCCAGCGCGCCGCCGCGCAGCUCUCCCUGUCGGACCGCCUGCAGCUGACUCUGUACCAGUACAAGACGUGUCCCUUCUGCAGCAAGGUGCGCGCCUUCCUGGACUUCCACGCCCUGCCCUACCGGGUGGUGGAGGUGAACCCUGUGCGGAGGGCUGAGAUCAAGUUCUCCGCCUACAGGAAGGUGCCCAUCCUGCUGGCCCAGGAAGGAGAGAGCCUGCAACAGCUGAACGACUCCUCCGUCAUCAUCAGCGCCCUCAAGUCCCACCUGGUGUCGGGGCAGCCCCUGGAUGUCAUCGUCACCUACUAUCCACCCAUGAAGGCCACCAACGACCAGGGCAAGGAGGUGACCGAGUUCUGCAACAAGUACUGGCUCAUGCUGGACGAGAAGGAAGCCCAGAAAGUGUACGGCGGGAAGGAGGCCAGGACGGAGGAGAUGAGAUGGCGGCAGUGGGCGGACGACUGGCUGGUGCACCUCAUCUCCCCCAACGUGUACCGCACGCCCGCCGAGGCCCUGGCCUCCUUCGACUACAUCGUCCGGGAGGGCAAGUUCGGGGCGGUGGAGGGCGCCAUGGCCAAGUACGUGGGCGCCGCCGCCAUGUACUUCAUCAGCAAGCGGCUCAAGAGCAGGCACCACCUCCAGGACGACGUGCGGGAGGACCUGUACGAGGCCGCCGACAAGUGGGUGGCCGCUGUGGGCAAGGACCGGCCCUUCAUGGGGGGCCAGAAGCCCAACCUGGCGGACCUGGCGGUGUACGGCGUGCUGCGCGUGAUGGAGGGCCUGGAGGCCUUUGAGGACCUCAUGCGGCACACCCGCAUCCGGCCCUGGUACCAGCGGGUGGAGAAGGCCAUCGCCGACGAGGCGCUCCAGUGAGGGCCCGGGAGGAGCCGGGAGGAGCCGGGCGGAACCGGGACCGCGCAGACGCUGCUGCCGCGCGGGGCCGGAGCCGGAGCCGGAGCCGGAGCCGGCGCCUGUGUAGGGUGCCGGCCACGCUACCUCCCCCACCCACGGCGCUCUGUGCCUGACGCCGGGCACCGGGCCUGGGCCCUGGGGACGCAGCCCCGAGGGGCACAGGGCUGCCCCCCUGACCCUGUGGGUGGGAACGGGCUGGGCCCCGCCCUGGGCAAGGGAAGUGGGACAUCCCGGCUGGGAUGAGCCCAUCCCUGGCUCAUCCUGAGCAUCCCGCUCCCCUCCUCACCCUCCAA